CCAAAAACCACGACGAUAAGUUAGUAAGAAGAAAACAACAACAACAACAACAACAUUCGUACGAACGAAUCGCGCGUUACAUGCGCGCGUGUUCGCAAAGAUACGUUUUAGAAAAAAAAUUCGGAACCAAAAUCGCUUUGCGACUCGUUGAGAACUGCCGUACCGACUUUCCCCCACCCACCGGAGCGGAAGCACGUGGGUUUCGCCUGGUGCUUCUCUCCACGUGCGUCUCGCUUGGUGCUUCUCUCCACGCGCCGGCCGAAUGGGGGAAGCGGCCACGCAGCAGCGGGCUCCACUGGGAGCCCCCCCCCGCGUCUCGCCUCGAGACCCGCGCGGACGACGAGGAGGAGGAGGUGGACGAGGAGGAGGUGGACGAGGUGGAGGAGGAGGACGGGCUGCCCGGGUUCUACUGUGAGAUCCGUAGCGGGAGUCGAACCGCCCACUUGGUGCUGAGGGACGUGCGCACCGAGGGCCCCGUGCUGGUCGAGGCCUCCCGCGUGACCGUGCGCGCCGGCGCCCGCGACCUCCUCGUCGCCCUCCCGCCGGGCGUUACCGCCGACCCCGGGGCCACCGGCAGCGUCCGCCCGGUCCCCGAAGACGGGACCCACGUGAGCCUGCGGCUCCACGCGCCGCAGAGCCUCUUUGCCGCAGGCUCGAAUGCCCGACCUGUGGUGCAGCAGAUCCGCGAGCAGACCACUCCGCACUUCUCAUGCCAAGCGUGUGGAGCUUCACUGCUGCGACCUGGAGAGCCGUUCCGGCGGGUGCUGCCGCUGCCCUCGUGCCACUGGCAGGCGAUGGUGAGCGAGUGGUGUUGCCACGGCGGGGGUGCCCGCGUGGACUCGCUGGCACGCACCCCCCUGGGCCCCCGUGCGGGCGACUGCCUCGUGGGCGACACGCACCUCGUGCUGCACGCUGGCAGCCUGGGAACGGCGGUUCGGUGGCACCGCGACGUCGCUUCGGAAGUCGCGGCGCCGGACUCCGACCUCGGCGCCCGUCCCGCGGCCCCGCUGGAGAGCGGCGACCCCUGCCGCCACCCCCAGCGCGGGGCAACCGGCGCGGUGGGCGCCGCCGAGGGAGAGGGGCGGCACGCGGAGGGUCGGAGGUCGCCGCUGCCGCCGCCACGCCCGCCGCUGGGCAAGGCCAAGGCCGAGUUGCGGUGCGAGCAGUGCGGCCGUGUGCUCGGGGAGGCGCUGGGAGCAGAAGGCGCCAAGUUGUUCCUCACCGAGGUGUGCGUUGGAGGAGUUGAGGAGACACUGCCGCCUCCGCACUCUGCCAACCCGAGGUCGUGGUUCCUGGAGCGGCUGCUGUCCCAGCAGCUGCUGCUCAUCUCCACGACGCUGUGCAGCUACCGAUUCCGCGUCGAGGACCCGCGGGGCGACACGAGACUGCUGCUGUGGGUGCUCAACAGCGACACGCUGCUGCUGCAGCAGAGUCCCCGUGGCGGCGGCGGUGAGUCCGUGGCGCCGCAGUGCCACCGCGUCCUCAAACUGCUCUACCGCCACGCGGGAGGAGACGCGGCCACCUCGGCCACUUCGGCAGGCCGCGAGGACGAGCUGUGGGCGCGGGACGUGAAGGCCCACGACCUGUGCCUGCCCAGCGGUGCGUGCGCCGAGCUCUCCGCUGUGCUUAGCGCCAGCUCCCAGCUCGCUCCGCCCUCGCUCCGGGACGUCAACAACUUCCGGGUCGGGCACUUGAGGCUGGCCUAAUGGACGUGAGACCCUCCCCCAUAUGCAAGCGGCGUCAUCGUUCUCUCUGAAGAGGGACCCCCCCCCCCCCCCGAGUGCGCGCUGGGUGACAAGGACGUCCACCGAUUCAAGUCUACGGUGGCUCAGAAGUCGGCGUCGCCCAGCCGGCCCCAUUGACAAGCCUGGGUUCGAGUCCGGGUUUCGGUCAUCCGCGAACAAACCGGGAGCUGGGGCUUGGUGAGUUGAUGGUCUCGGCCCGGCACACCACAAAUGGCUGCAUCAACAACAACAACAACAACAAAAACCAUCGCAUUCAAUUUGGUUUUGCAUUGACUUUGUCGACAUUCCAGCUGUUGAGACAUCAAUUGACUCGGUCUGGCUGUCACCUGAUGAACCUCGCUGUCACGUGGCAGAGCUGGGUGGGUAAAAGUGCUGCCCUCUGCUGUGUGUGGACCAUAAAUCACUUGAAGAAGGCAUCUCGGAGGUGGCUCUGCGACAUCCGCUUCCCCGGGCCGCUCUCGGGUAACACGAAGCGUCGCGCUGCUCUGCGAGAUCUCCGAAUGGAUUCUCCGUCUCGUGAUGACGACGCAACACCAAUAGCGCGAUCUGUAAUAAAACGGAGGGGGGAGGGGGGGGGGGGUUUGGGGGAAAACGACAAAAUGAAAUAAAUGUAAAACGAAAAAAAUCCACGUCAGUCUUUAUUUCGUGAAUCCGCGUUCACCACUAAGAGUCUCCAAGACAAAAAAAUAAAAACGUGAGAAAGUCUAAUUGAAAAUAAAAUGUCACCAACUCCUUUCCCCGUGGGUGUCUAGGGGGUAGUCAUACCCUGGCUCGCCAGGAGAGGGCAGUGCAGCGACAAUGCGGACGCCACCUGCUCCGUCGGCGUGUAAUAUCGAGCGUUGCGCCGUCGCACGCGUGGGGUUUCUCAUGCGUGCGUGGUGGACUUUGGCCCCCGGUUCAGUGCCGGUGAU